AUGAAACGUAGGAUAUGGGACCUCGUCAAAUACAAACCCGAUACCACAGGGAGAGGGUGGAUGAAGGUGGAAGGCAAAAUGGUUUUCGAGCACGUUCGAAGGGGAGUAGAUGAGGAGCUGUGUCUGAGGAUACUUGACGAGUGUAAUUUCUCUCUUGCGCGCCUCAGAGACAUGUUGGGAUCGAACGAGAUAAUCGAGAGGAUAAUGGCUGCUCACCUCGAGCCAAUGAUGUAUUCGGUGGACUUAGCUGGCUCGGUUCUACGCCAAGGAACGUUCGUCAAGAAAAUAGCCGACUUUGGAUGGAUCCGACCAGGGUUCUUCGACACCGAUGACGAUGAGGCGGCUUUGCAUCGCGCCGUCGCUCGAUACCACGCGCAAGUGAAAGUUUUUUCCUCAUACCUCCUUGCCUCGAAUCCCGGUAGCUUCUUCGUCCCAACCCUCGACAUUGAUCUAGUGUGGCACACCCAUCAGUUACGCUCCGUCGAUUAUGCAGCAGAUUGUACCACCUACGUUGGGCGCUUCAUCGAUCACGACGACAAAGUUGAUGGACUGAAGCUGUCGAGUUCGUUUGAUGCUACGUGUCGAGCAUGGAAGCGUCGCUUUGGAAUCUCGUACACGUAUUGCGGGUGUCCACCACCAGGCGACACAAUCGGCCAGCGCCUAUCCACCCUCAUCGCUUCUCAACCAAUCUCCCCAUCACGGUCUCUAGGUUCACAUCUCUCCCCACCAACUCGCGAAGAUUCCAUUUUGGCCACCCAUCCGAGCGACCAUAAUGCUGUCCAUUUCGUUCCUAGGGAUGACCAGGCGAAGCGGGAGUUCGAGGCUCGGUUGCGAGAGCAUCACGCCAAACAACAGCGACGGGGGAACCGAAGUCGAGGCCGGAAGGGUGGAAGAGGAGAUGGAUUCAGCAGCGAUGACCAUGAGCGUGCCUUCCUUUAUCCAGUUGCGAUGUUCGACUUAACAUCUAAUCCAGCCAGCUGCGUCGCAGUGCAUGGUAUCGUCAUUGACUACUGGGGAAAUUGCGACAAUGAAUACGACCAAUGCGGAAGCGGAGGGUGUACCACGGGCUUGGGUGUUGGCGCUGAGGAACCGGGUGCGAGAGGAGGAGGCGGGGGGAGAGAAAUUGUCGACCCAAAGGCCGAGUGGAAACAGUCAAGGUGCCAGGUGGAGAGUCUCGCUUGA